AUGAGUUCCCUGUUCCACCUGUUCCCACCUGCCUGUUCCCCCACCCAGCCCUGUUCCUGCUCCCACCCCACCCCACCCUCUGUUCCCCCACCCCACUCAGUUCUGUUCCCACCCUCCCCCCACCACUCCAGCCCACCUCAGCCCUCCCAGCCCCUGUUCCCAGCCUCACCAGCCUCACCUCAGCCCCACCCCAGCCUCAGCCUCUGUUCCCAGCCUCCCCUGUUCUCAGCCUCAGCCUCCCCCAGCCCCACCAGCCCUGUUCACCCCAGCCCACCCAGCCCCAUCUCCCAGCCCCUGUCUCCAGCCCUGUUCCAGCCCCUGUUCCUGUUCCACCCAGUUCCAGCCCCACCUGUUCCUGUUCCUGUUCCCCACCUGUUCUGUUCCACCCCACCUGUUCCCCAGCCCACCCCUGUUCCCACCCCUGUUCCUGUUCCCACCCCACCUGUUCCCCCCUGUUCCACCCCUGUUCCCACCCCCUGUUCCCUGUUCCUGUUCCCACCACUCCCACCUGUUCAGCCCCACCUGUUCCCUGUCUCAGCCCCACCCACCCUGUUCCUGUUCCCUCCCACUCCCCACCCCACCAGCCUCCACCCCCACCAGUUCCUGUUCACCCCUGUUGUCUCCCUGUUCCUGUUCCCAGCUCCCACCUCAGCCUGUUCAGCCUCCACCCUGUUCCCACCCCACCUCCCCACCCCACCUGUUCCCCACCCCAGCUCCCACCUCCCACCUGUUCAGCCUCCACUCCUGUUCCUGUCUCAGCUCCCAGCCCCCAGCCCCAGCCUCCCAGCCUCAGCUCCCACCAGCCCCACCAGCCUCAGCCCCCACCUCAGCUCCCACCAGCCUGUUCUCACUCCAGCCCACCACCAGCCCCACCCCACCCCACUGUUCCACCUGUCUGCACCCCAGCCCACCUCCCACCACCUGUUCCUCCCUGUUCCACCUGUUCUGUUCCACCUGUUCCACCCCCACCCCACCCUGUCUGCCCUGUUCUGUUCCCCACCCCUGUUCCUGUUCCCACCCUGUCUGUUCCAGCCCCUGUUCCCCCCCCACCUGUUCCCACCUGUUCCCACCCUGUUCCCACACCCACCCACCCCUGUUCCCAGCCCCUUCUGUUCCCCACCACCUGUUCCUGUUCAGCUCCCACCAGCCCUGUUCCACCCCACCUCACCCCUGUUCCACCUGUUCCACCAGUUCCCACUCCACCUCACCAGCUCCCUGUUCCCCACCCCACCCCUGUUCCAGCCCCACCCAGCCCCAGCUCCACUGUUCCCCACCCCAGCCUCAGCCCCACCCCAGCCUCACCCACCACCCUGUUCCACCCCAGCCUCCACCUCACCCUCCCCAGCCCCACCUCCCAGCUCCACCCCAGCCCCAGCCUGUUCCCACCCCAGCCCACCCAGCCCCACUCCACCCCAGCCCUGUUCCACCCCAGCCCCACCUGUUCCUGUUCACCUGUUCCCCAGCCCCACCCCACCUGUUCCACCCCACCUGUCUGUUCCACCUGUCUGUUCCUGUUCCACCCACCUGUUCCCACCCCCCCACCUGUUCCCCCUGUUCCUGUUCCUGUCUGUUCCCACCCCACCCCACCUGUCUGUUCCACCCACCCCCUGUUCCUGUUCCACCCCACUCCCCUGUUCCUGUUCCACCUGUUCCCAGCUCCCACCUCAGCCCCCAGCCCAGCUCCUGUUCCCACCCCACCCCAGCCCUGUUCCCACUCCACCCUCCAGCCCCACCCCUGUUCCUGUUCCCACCCUGUUCCAGCCCACCAGCCCACCUGUUCCACCUGUUCCCCCACCCCCUGUUCCACCUCCAGCUCCUGUUCCCCCACCAGCCCCACCCCCACCCCAGCCCCAGCCCCAGCCUCACUCACCCCACCCUCCCUGUUCACCACCCCUGUCUGUUCCUGUUCCCACCCCUGUUCCCCACCUGUUCCCUGUUCUGUUCCCACCUGUUCCUGUUCCACUGUUCACCCUGUUCCUGUUCCCACCCACCUGUUCACCCCACCCCUGUUCCUGUUCCACCCUGUUCCUGUUCCUGCCACCACCCCUGUUCCACCCCUGUUCCCACCCCAGCCUGUUCCCCUCCCUGUUCACCCCAGCUCCUGUUCCCACCUCACUCCCACUCCUGUUCCCAGCCCACCCCACUCCCACCUCAGCUCUCCCACCCCACCUCCAGCUCCCAGCCUCAGCCCCAGCUCACUCAGCUCCCAGCCUCAGCCUCCCCAGCCUCCCCAGCCCAGCCUCAGCUCAGCCUCAGCCAGCCUCAGCCCCCAGCCUGUUUUAG